ACUGCAGACAUAGUACAGAAAAUGACCAUAGACUGCGGACACAGUACAAGAGAUGACCAGAUCCUGCGGACACAGUACAAGAGAUGACCAGAGACUGCGGACAUAGUACAAGAGAUGACCAGAGACUGCGGACACAGUACAGAGGAUGACCAGAGACUGCAGACACAGUACAGUACAGGGACUGACCAGAGACUGUGGACAUAGUACAGGGAAUGACCAGAGACUGCAGACAGUACAGGAGAUGACCAGAGACUGCAGACACAGUACAGAAGAUGACCAGAGACUGCGGACAUAGUACAG